GGUGAGAAACCUCGAUACAAAUAAAAUAGGUUGUUAUAUAUGUUUCAUAUCGCCCUUGCCUUCUCCCCUUCCCGCCUCUACCGUUCUGCGCCAAACCAUCGGAUCAUCGCCGCUCAGCCAUUGAAGACGUCGGUCUCCACAUUCAAGGUACCUCUCUCUAGUCUCUACCUAAUACAAUAGAUAUUUCACAACUCAACAGCCCUAAUUGCGAGAAAUCCAGCUUGGACUGAACCAUAAGAGAUUAUAAAGGUAUUGGUAGAGAGAAAAGAGAACAAUGGAAGCAAUAGAGUCAAAAAUUUGCUCUGUUCCUAGUAAAAAAUUGAAGCCUUUUAAGUCAGAAAAAGCGGUGGAAAGCACAGCAGACAGGAUCAGUGCUUUACCCAAGGCAGUUCUCCAUUACAUCCUCUCUUUUCUGGAUGUAAGAUCCGCUGUACAAACCAGCAUGCUGUCGAAGAGAUGGAGAUACAUCUGGACUACUCUCCCCUAUCUAAAUUUCGACCAUAUUUUAUUUCUAGCUUACGGUUGGAAUUGGGGAGGGGAAAACCUCGGAAUGGACCAGUUUCUUGAUCUUAUAGACCGAGUUUUGUUUCUCCGUGGUGGCUCCCAUAUACAGAAAUUUCGUCUGUACUGCAUCCGUAAUUAUUUCGAUACAGGUCGUCUUCAUACGUGGACGCUUGUUGCGGCAAGGUGCAAUGUUGAAGAAGUGGAUAUUAGGGUAUCUGCUAAAGAAGCUGUUGAGCUGCCUCACUGCCUCUAUAUUUCUGAAUCCAUGAGUGUAUUGAAGUUGAAUUUGGGUUCCAAGCGCCCCAAGCUUGUUCUACCUAGUUCAAUGGGCUUACCCAACCUCAAAAUCCUGCAUCUUUGUUCGCUUUGUUUUGUGGAUGAUGAAUUAACCAAUAAGCUCUUAUGUAACUGUCCACUUUUGGAAUCAUUGAUCAUAAGAUACUGUACAUUGAAGAAUGUUGAGAAUCUGAAAAUUUCUGCUCCACGACUUAAGAACUUGGUGAUAGAAACUUGCUUUGAGGAUUCUGAGGUUUAUGAGGAAUCUGGUCGUUCAUUUAGUUGUAAGAUCAACGUGUCUGCUCCAAAUCUCAUUUCAUUUAAGUGCAGAGACCACUUGAAGAGAGAGUAUACUUUAGAGAACCUUUAUUCCCUAGUUAAUGCCGACAUUGAUAUGUACUUGGAAGAGGAUUACGACAAUGAACUCUUAAAGCUUCCUCACAAGAGGAAGGAGGAGUAUGCACAAUGUAUGAUAAAAUGGCUUACAGGUCUUUCUAACAUAAAAGCUCUAACAUUAUCAGACUUGUUGCUUAAGAUUGUUGCAGAAGUCCCUGAUGUAUUAGAAAACCUGCCCACUUCAUUUUUUAAAUCAAAAUAUUUGAAGCUGAAAUCAGGGCUUUCCAAAGAUUCAAUCAUUGCAAUAUGUUACUUACUCAAGCACUUUACUGACAUAGAAACUCUUGUCUUGGAAAUAACUAAGAGAGUUUGCCGAUGGCAUCCGAUGUACCAGUACGGGGAUGAGACAGAGUCUAAUUUACCAGUCAUUAGAGCAUAUUGGGAAGCGGAGUUGCCGGAAAAAUGUACUUUGAAUCACCUGAAGUCUGUUGAGAUUCAGAAUCUCUUAGGAUAUGUAAAUGAACUCAUGUUUCUUAAAUUUCUGCUCAAGAGGGCAAUGGUCUUGCAGAAAAUUGUUAUUAAUACUUCCAAGACAUGGCCCCAAGAUAGAGAAGAGAGAUUGAUGAAAUUUAGGAAGGAGCUGCAAACAUUUCCACAAGCGUCUUCAAGUGUCACGAUACUAUUUAUAUAAGAUACUUGUUGACAGUUUGUGUACUGAACAGAAUGGAAUGGCACAACAGUAUUCAACAUACAGUUUAGACAAGGCAUAGAUGAUAAUGAUGACUGUAAAACAGCAUGCAAACAUUCAUAUUUAAUAGUUUUGCUUUUACAUUGCAAUAUAUUUGUAAUUGUAAUUAUAGAUUUUGAUAUCAUAUUGUAAUCUUGUUGAUAUUAUAUUUAGUCUAAAUACCAAAUGUAAACAAUCAGAAGAUUGAGGUGAACAAUCAACUGUUUGCA